AAAUUUUCACUAUCCAGUAAAUGAAAUAAUCUAGUAACAGUGGACCAGUGGUAGAAGGAUAGUUUUUACCACUCGUAAUUACGCCGUAAAUCAUCGAUGAAUCAGAACUAAUGAAUUGCUCAAAAAUUGUCGCUGGCGGGUCUUAUUCGUUGCACCAUGACAGCAAUAUCAGUAGAGGAAAGGAAAGAAUUAGCCAAGAAAUUUGUAGAAACUGUAGUAGAGGAUGUCCAAGAAACGCGUGCGAGAAUACAAACGUUUGUGCAUAAAACUGCAUUAAAUCUCUCAAUAUGGCUCACCGAUGAAGAUACAAGAACGAAUGUUUUCUUGAAGAUGGAAAGUGAACAGGUUACUGGAUCUUUCAAAGCAAGGGGUGCAUUCAACAAGAUAAGUUUGGUGAAAGAUAUCAAUAGAAGCUUGCCUGAAGACCAACAAUACACCAUCAUCACUGCAUCUGGUGGAAACCAUGGCCUCGCUUGUGUUCUGGCAAUGAAAACUCUUGGUGUGAAAGGCAAAGUAAUCGUUCCAACGUGUGCUUCCGAAUCGAAAUGCAAGAUAAUCAGGAAAUAUGGAGGAUGUCUUGAAAAGUUUGGUGAUGAUAUUGUCAUGGCUGAAGAGAGGGCAAGGGAUAUUGCACGCGAGACAAAGAAUACGUUAUAUAUAUCUCCAUAUGCUAAUUUUGGUGUUGUUCAUGGUCAAGCCACAAUAGGGAUUGAAAUCUUGGAAGAUUUACCAAAUGUAGACACAGUGUUUGUUUGUUGUGGCGGCGGAGGGCUUGUUUCUGGAAUUGCAACUUACAUGAAAGCUAUCAAACCGCAUGUAAAGAUAGUAAGUUGCCAGCCUAUAAACUCGUGUGUCAUGUUUGAGUCAUGUAAAGCUGGAACUGUUCUUGAUCUGCCCUCUUUACCAACAUUAUCUGAAGGCUCUGCUGGUGGAGUUGAUGCAACAUCAUUUACGUUUGACUUGUGUUGUCAGUAUGUCGAUGAAUGGGUUUUAGUUAGUGAAGAUGAGAUAGCUGAUGCAUUGAUUUUCAUGUUUGAAAAAGAACACAAGUUCUUAUAUGACUUAUCAAAUAAGGACAAUAGGAGCUGCAAACUGGAUUCAAAGUGUGAACAAGGCUUUGUGGAGUAUCUCAAGAAACUUCCCAUGCUACAUGAUGAUGAGUAUAAAAAUCCAAACCAGAGAAAGCCAGAUGUCAGCCAUGAUCUUUAUGAAUUAGUGUUACCGUUAUCAAAAUAUGGUGUACGUGUGUUUUAUUAUAUCAAAGAAUAUGAAAAGAAAAAGGAUUCGUCGAACAUGAACAGUGAGGAUUGGGUUAAAAUAGCCAAGGAUGUCAGGGAAAAUUAUGAUGCAUUUGACAGUUUUGUUAUUCUUCAUGGUACGGACACAAUGUCCUACACAGCAUCUAUUCUUUCGUUCAUGUUUCAAAAUCUUCAGAAAACUGUCAUCCUCACAGGAUCUCAGAUAUCAAUUUUUGAACAACGUAAUGAUGUCCGUGAUAAUGUACUUGGUGCUUUAAUGUUUGCUGGUCACUUUGUCAUUCCCGAAGUAACAUUGUUUUUUCAUGGUGAAUUGUAUCGUGGUAAUCGAACCACAAAGAUCAACUCGAGUGAUUUUCUGGCAUUUGAUUCACCCAAUCUAGCCCCGCUUGCUACAAUUGGUGUUGAUAUCAAUGUUCGCUGGGAUGCUAUCUGGAAAUGUGGCACAACUAAGAAAUUUACUGUUCAUACAGAAUUGAAUCCUGAUGUUGGAGUGCUGAGAUUAUUUCCUGGAAUAACUGAUAAUACAGUUGAAUCCAUUUGCCGUGAACCAGUAAAGGGAAUUGUUUUGGAAACAUUUGGCGCUGGAAAUUGUCCAAGUAAACGAAAAAAGUUCAUCGAAAUUCUAGAAAAAGCAGUUAAACGUGGUUUGCUUAUUGUUAAUUGUACGCAGUGUUUGAAAGGAGGUGUCAAAGAUGAUUAUGAAACUGGAAAGGUUCUGUUUAACAUCGGUGUCAUUUCUGGAUCUGACAUUACAACUGAAGCAGCGCUCACUAAACUUUCAUACGUUUUAAGUUUGGAUUUAUCUUUAGACAAAAAGAAGGAGUUAAUGAAAACUAGCAUUCGUGGAGAGAUAAGUGUCGCUUCAAAGCGUUCUAUGAAGGACUGUGGAUUCAUCAAAGCCAUUGCCAGAACAAUACAAGCGAGUUCUCCCGAGGUAACAACGAACAAUGAUAAGUGUUGCAAAUUAUGUUAAAGUUGUGUUGCGUUCAAUUGUACAUUCGGGUACGUUGGGGACGUUAAGGAACAAUAUAGAAAACAUGAGUCGAACGGAAGUAGAGAGAGCAGAGAACGGAAGUGAGAGAGGCGAGACGAGGGAGAGAAGCGAGAGAAGCGAGAUACUUUGAGGAGUAAGAAUAAAAAUUUUUUAAGAAACCAAA